AGAAUCAAACAAAAAACAACUAUUCUUGCUGUUUCUGUUUGUGUACAGACUGCAUAUGAGAAUUGGUUUAUCACGCUGUACAACGUUCUGUACAGCAGUCUUCCAGUAUUGGUCGUUGGGGUGCUUGAUCAGGAUGUCACCGAUAAACUGAGUCUUAGGUUUCCGGCGCUUUAUAUACCUGGGCAGAAAGGUUCUUACUUCAAUUUUAAGAAGUUUUUUCUCAGCUUGCUUCAUGGCAUUAUUGUCUCCCUAAUCAUUUUCUUCAUACCUUACGGAGCAUUCCUUCAAACAAUGGGACAGGAUGGUGAGGCACCGACAGAUUACCAGUCGUUUGCAGUCACUACGGCCUCAUCUCUCACCAUAACUGUUAAUUUUCAGAUUGCUCUAGACACCUCUUACUGGACGUUUGUCAAUGCCUUUUCAGUCUUCGGAAGUAUCGUUCUAUAUUUUGCAAUCAUGUUUGACCUUCACAGUGCAGGAAUCCACAUUCUAUUUCCAUCGGUUUUUACCUUUACUGGUGCUGCUCCCAACGCUCUUCGACAGCCAUACCUAUGGCUGACCAUCAUAUUAACUGUGGCAGUCAGUCUCCUUCCUGUUGUUGCUGUUCGUUUCCUGAUUCAGGUUGUCAACCCUUCAGAGACUGACAAAAUUCAAAUGAACCGCAAAAUGUACGAGAUUGAACUGCGACCUAAACGAAGUAGACCAAGGUCUUUCCAACGGAGUGCAUCUGUUCGUCGAUCAGGCUAUGCAUUUUCACAUCAGCAAGGAUAUGCUGACCUAAUUUCUUCAGGUCGUAGUAUCCGAAAGAAAGGCAUACGCUCUGAGCCAGGUGUCAGCAAAAGUAGGACAUAUGAAACAGCGGGUGCAAAUGCAAGCUGAAACCGUCAAUGUGCUGUUGCCUCCUUAAGACUUUCUUUGUAUUGAUAAACAACUUGACAGAAAGAGAAAUCUUGAUUUAUAAAAAUAUAUAAUUCUCAGGAUAAAUUGGAGGAAGAUUGGAAUGUGUUUCCUCACGUGUACACUGCGAGAUAAAGAAUCCUUCCAAUUUGCACACAACUGAGGACUCUUUGGUUUUCAGGAGCCAACCAUCAUUUAAUUUAAACCUGAAGGUGGAAUGACUUGCUUUACGAGCGCCAUCCCUCACUUACUAUGCUGCAAUUAAGGCUUUUGUCCACAGAACUGCAAUAAAGAAAAUUGAAUUUUGUUUUAUUGACUUGCAGUGAAUACCUGAACAGAUGAGGUGGUUUUAAUGUUUACAUUGAAGAUUUACAUUAACCAGUUUUUAUUAGUUUUUGAGAAUAUUAAAAUAUUGUUUCUCUUAUUUGAUCCGUUACAAAAUAUGAAAACAUUCUUUCCCUUUUAUAUUUUCUGCUAUAUUAUCCAGGCUUUUAAAUAUACAUUCCAAAAAAGAGCAUUACAAAUCUGCACUGCCAUUUUUAUGUUCAGAUCUGAAGUUCUUAAAUAUAUUUUUUCAAAUGUAAUUGGAGAUUUAGCUUAAAUUUUCUUGCUAACUUUUUAAAAUGAUUUAUUACUUCUCCUUUGUCAUAAAUUAAAGAAUGUGUGUGUAUAUAGUGAUAUUUCUAGGAUUUUUUUUUGUACCAUAAAAGGAUGAUUAAACAAACAUUUAAAAGUA